CAGUGCUAGCUUUCUCCACAAAAGCCCACUCUUUUGGGCAGCAUACAGUUACGUUAUAGUCGUUUCGAAUUGCCAGUUCGCGGGGAAGAUCACGUCGGGUGAGCACUGACCAUAUCGUCACCCGGUAAGAGAUGGACCCAAAGAAGCACCAAAAGGUUGAAGCUCACCAAGCAUGCCUAUGCGAUGUACACAAGUUACUAACUUGUCUGUAAAGGAUCUCGAUAGACUUGCUCGCAUCCGAGAAAAUCAGCGGAAUAGUCGCGCGAGGAAACAACAGCACACCCGCGAGUUGGAAAAGAAGUUGGCUGCUUUGCAAGAACAAGCACGCCACCGGGAUGUGGAACAUAGAAUGGCCGUGCAGAAGCUUGAGGCGGAGAACAGAAAGUUGAGAUAUCUUCUGACUCGCUCGGGCUUGACGUCGGAGUUAUUAGAACAGUAUCUGCAAAUUGAUGAUCCAGCCUUGACUGAGAAGGUAGCCAUUCCGAAGCUUCGUUCGACUGAAGCACAAUGCCAGUCACAAGACAGUCCAGCCUGUAUACCAAAGGCGAGAAAUGCUGCUACCAGUGCACUACAAUCAAUUGAGCCAGGCCUCUUUAGUCCAGGACAAAGCCGUGAUCGUUUUACAAAGCCUUGUUCGGAUAUUGUGCAAGGGGCCUCGGACAUUGAAGUGCCCGUCCGAGACCGAUCCGUCUGUGGUUGUGGCCCCGGGGAAGCCGUGGAGUCAUGGCCGAGCAAUGGUGAUGUUUUGAAUACCACACUUUGUGCCAUUGCAGAUGAAUUGAUUGACCAGUACAAUACACGUGGAGUGGAGCUGUCAGAGAUCCGCAGGAAACUCUGGGCCGGUUUCUCCAAAGGACUCACUACAGAGGAGGGAUGCAGAGUACAGAACCAUAUACUGUUUCAGGUCUUGGAUGAAAUAAGCAACAGCUGAUAGAGCCCACUUUUGUCUUUUUGCAACCCACUUGACCACAUAUACUAAUCCCAGAAGCACGGGGACCUCAAUGAGAGGU